UUCAUGGUUACGUCGUCCAUUUUGCUGAGGAAUCUGGGUUGAACAAGCCUUAGCAAUGGCAUCAGCAAUACUAAUAGGUUGUACCGGACUGGUGGGAUCUCACAUCCUCCGAAACCUCAUCUCCAGCGAAGCCAUCACCUCAAUCAACACCUUCUCCCGCCGCCGUUCUCCGGAGGCAUCGUCAUCAGAUAAAGUCCACGCCUUCGUCGCUUCAGACCCAGCCCGGUGGCUUGCCCAGAUCACGCGGCCGUCCGGAGGGCAACGACCCGCGAUCUUGUUCUCCGCGUUCGGGACGACCCGCGCCGCGGUCGGCGGCAGCUUCGAGGCCCAAUCCCGGAUCGACCACAGCCUGCAGCUCGAGCUCGCACGGGCCGCCCGGCACGCGGGCUGUCGGGUGUGCGUCCUGGUCUCUUCGUCCUUCGCCAGUGAGCGUUCCUGGGUCCCGUAUGCACGUAUGAAGGGUCGGAUUGAAGCCGAUCUCAAAGCGUUGCAGUUCGAGAAGACCGUGAUUCUCCGUCCCGGGGUAAUAUUAGGGGAUCGUGGUGAGAGCCGUCCUGGGGAAUGGCUCGCACAGGGGCUGGUGCGGGGCAUUGGGAUUGUAGCUCCUUCUUGGGGGAAUGCGCUUGGUCAGGAUGCUGGUGUGAUUGCUGAGGCUGCUUUGAGGACUGGACUAAGGGGCUUAGAGGGGGGUUUGGAUGGGGGAGAUGACGGUUCUGGGGUGUUGCUUGUGGAACGGAGUGAUAUCGUCAAGAUUGCGAGGAUGGAGCCAGUUUCUUAG